UUGGAGAGGUUAUGAGGUGGUUCUGCCUUAAACGAGCCAGGCGGGUAAUACUUACUGGUGAAUCCUCGAUCGGAAGAACUACGGAUAAGCCCGUACGCAGGUCUAAGUAUAACCCUGAUGAACGCCUUAGGUAAUUCGUCCCUGUAUUUUUUCCUUCCACCUACCUCCCUCACCACCAAAUCCUCGACAAGGCCACAUCUUCCCGCAUUCAACCCGUUACGAGGACCUAUUAGAAGGCGCAGCACCAAGCCAACUCGCACGAGCCCGCGUAUCCCUACCCCUACACGAGUUACAUCUGCACUUAUCGAGCAGUCCGUACCCCCGACCUAACCAACAUGGGCCGCCCGAAGCGCGACGUGCGCGCGGUGGCCGAGGCGACCACGACCCCUCCGGACCAGCUCGCGCCGUCGCAAUCGCUCGCCAGGGUUGUUAAGGCCGAGGGCAGCAACCACUACGCCUGCGCCCUACCCGACCAGCGCUCCGUGCUGGUUGAGCUGCCCGCUCGCUUCCGCAACACCAUCUGGGUCAGGCGCGGCGGGUAUGUCCUGGUCGAGCUGAUUCCCUCCGACGCACGGAAUGGAAAAGUGGAGGGCGAGAUCGUGAAUGUUGUCCGCGAUGAGAAGGCGUGGCGCAAGCAAAGCUACUGGCCCGCAGCGUUUCCUCUCUCUCCCUACGAGGAUUCCGAGGACGAAGACUCUACUGUGGGCAAGAUGCCGCCGUCGUAUUCCGAUGAUGAAAAUUGAACGUCUAUCAACCCAU